AUGGACCUUGAUGAAAAUCUUGUAGAUGAUCCUGCUAGUCACGACCCUCCAGUAGAAGCAUUAAAUGUUCCUGGUUCGAGUGGUGUUAAUAAUACUUCAACAAAUACUACCCGCAUCCAAAGUAACAUUAUGAGUUUUAUGCAUAGUAAAAAACCUAUCUCAAUGAGUAGAUCUAAGGAAAUUGAUGAACAAGUGACAAAAAUGAUAGAAAUCAAUCAUAAAGUUGUGGCUGUUGUAACUGACAAUGCAGCAAAUAUGGUUUCUGCAGUACGUCAGUUACAUUUUCGACACCUUGGAUGUUUUGCUCAUUCCAUCAAUCUCGUUGUUCAAAACUCACUAGCAAACAUUUCAGAAAUAGUUUCAAAAGUAAAAAAAAUAGUCGAAUUUUUCAAACGCAGCAGUAACGCAUUAACAAAACUCCAAUCAACACAAGCUCAAAUGGGUUUACCUUUAUUAAAAUUGAAACAAAAUUGUGUGACGAGAUGGAACUCGACGUAUGAUAUGUUGAAGAGAAUUAUUUGUAUAAAAGAUGCUGUAAUUUCAACAUUAGCUCUAUUACAAAGUAGUAUUGAUACUUUGACUCCAGAAGAAUGGGAUACAGUUGAUAAAGCUAUUCUAAUAUUACAAAUUUUUAAUGAGGUUACAAUAGAAGUUAGCUCAGAAAAAACCGUAUCCAUAUCAAAAAAAAUAGUUCUAGUUAGUUCCAUGACAGCAACUGUAAAUACUUAUGUUAACGAUAUAUCUUUGCCCUAUGCAGUUCAUCAAAUGGCAGUUUCACUGAAAAGUGAACUACAAAAACGGUUUAAAGACAUUGAAGAGAUUGAAAUUGUGGCACAAGCAUCAAUCUUGGACCCUCGAUUUAAAAAAUAUGGAAACAUUCAAUUGCCGUCAACACCAUCUAACAACCUCGAACAAACACCAACAACUUCAACAUCACAACCUCCAAGAUCUCUGUUAUGGAAAAUGUAUGAAGAUAAAGUUGAGCAAUUCAAAUCCACAGUGUCAUCAACUGCAGCAGGAAUAAUAGAGUUGGAUAAAUACCUCGGAGAAACAUUAACUGACCGUAAAGAUGAUCCGUUAAAAUGGUGGUACGAACGAAAGCAUAUUUAUCCUCAUCUGUAUGAAUUUGUUAUGAAGCCCUGUGUGACAGCAACCAGUGUUCCAUGCGAGAGAAUAUUUUCAGAAGCUGGACAAAUUAUUACGCAAAAAAGAAAUUGCUUGAACACAAAAAAAGCUUCACAGUUAGUAUUUUUACACAAUAAUAAUAAUCCACUCAAAAAGGACUCGGGUUGUAUCAGCAUGGCAGUAACAACACAACCAGCGGAGGAAUUCUCAAAUAACUUCACUCCAGUAACAACAUUGUCUGAAGAUACUACAGAAAUGACCGUAUGUUCAGAUAUUACGCCUUUAAAAAUCUAA